GAACAAGGUUUGAAACUUUGAAACUAUCUGUGGGGUUAGUAGUAAACCAAAUUUGGUCCUCCAGAAAGGUCCGAGGGAGUCAAGCACACACCGCUACGUUCUUCAAGAUUUUGCAGUCAUAACUGUAUGACUGCGUAGUCGUCCCUUCUUUCCCUUGUAUAUUGGCUGUGAAUUCUGUGUGAGAGGAGGGUUUCAGCGAAUCCAGUAAUAAAGGAGUGGGCAUGAGAGAGCGGAUCAAGGUUUUAAAAUAAGGAUGACUUUUAUGUGUUUGGAAAGAUAACUCGGGGAGCGACUUAAAGGAAUAAAUCUGAGGGGGCCAAGAUUUUUUUUUUUCUUUACUGGAGACCAUGGGAGACUGCUGAACUGAGGAUACAUGGGACACCUGCACAAGCAUUGGAUUUUUGUUCUGCAACGUCUGAAAGCUACCACGCAGACACCUGCAGGACUCUCUCUCCCAGAAGCAGGCUAUGAGCCAAGGGGAAGGCAGAGGACAGAAAUGAAUGUGUUCCCAAGCUUUCCUGGUGGUUUAUGGAAUUCUCCAAACUCCUAUGCAAGGGUUAUUCCUGACGGAGAAGACCAAAGGAGACCAUCCCUGAAAUCAAGUCCAGAUGAAGAACUAAGAGGAAAAAAGUGAAUAUGGUUUUUGCUCACAGAAUGGAUAACAGCAAGCCGCCUUUGGUCAUCCCCACGCUCCUGGUGCCCCUCCAAAACCACAGCUGCACCGAAACAGCCACACCUCUGCCAAGCCGUGACCUGACAGACUUACAUGGGGAGCACGGCUGGAUGAGCAACAGAACGGACCUGCAGUACGGACUGAGACCCGGGGAAGUGGCCACAGCCAGCAUUUUCUUCGGGGCCCUGUGGCUGUUCUCUGUAUUUGGCAACUCCCUGGUUUGUCUGGUCAUCCACCGGAGUAGGAGGACACAGUCCACCACCAACUACUUUGUGGUCUCCAUGGCAUGUGCUGAUCUUCUCGUCAGCGUCGCCAGUACGCCUUUCGUCCUGCUUCAGUUCGCCACGGGGAGGUGGACACUUGGCAGUGUGAUGUGUAAGCUGGUGCGGUAUUUUCAGUAUCUCACCCCAGGCGUCCAGAUCUACGUCCUCCUCUCCAUCUGCAUAGACCGGUUCUACACCAUUGUCUAUCCCCUGAGCUUCAAGGUGUCCAGAGAAAAAGCCAAGAAAAUGAUUGCCGCGUCGUGGGUCUUCAAUGCAGCCUUCGUGACCCCUGUGUUCUUUUUCUAUGGCUCCCACUGGGACAGUCAUUGCAAUUACUUCCUCCCUGCCUCUUGGGAAGGAACUGCCUACACUGUCAUCCAUUUCUUGGUGAGCUUUGUGAUUCCUUCUGUCCUCAUCAUCUUAUUUUACCAGAAGGUCGUGAAGUAUAUCUGGAGAAUAGGCACCGAUGGUCGGACAGUGCGGAGGACAAUGAACAUUGUCCCGAGGACAAAAGUGAAAACUAUCAAGAUGUUCCUCAUUUUAAAUCUAUUGUUCCUGCUCUCCUGGCUACCUUUUCAUGUGGCUCAGCUGUGGCACCCCCCCGAACGGGACUCUAAGAAAAGUUCUCUUGUUUUCACAGCUAUCACAUGGAUAUCUUUUAGUUCUUCAGCCUCUAAACCUACGCUCUAUUCCAUUUAUAAUGCCAAUUUUAGGAGAGGAAUGAAAGAAACUUUUUGCAUGUCCUCAAUGAAGUGUUACCGAAGCAAUGCCUAUACUAUCACAACCAGUUCAAGGAUGGCCAAAAAAAACUAUGUUGGCAUUUCAGAAAUUCCUCCUACGGCCAAAACUAUAACCAAAGACUCAAUCUAUGAUUCAUUUGACAGAGAAGCCAAGGAAAAAAAGCUUGCUUGGCCCAUUAAUUCAAAUCCACCAAAUACUUUUGUCUAAUUUCGCAGAGUUCUUUCAAUUAUUGUUAUGUUGCCAGAGAUU